AUGGCGGAGCACGACCUCACGGCGCUGAUGGCAGCGCAGCUGGACCGGCACCUGGUGUUCCCGCUGCUGGAGUUCCUCCAGGAGCGGCAGCUCUACUCGGAGCCCGAGUUCCUGGAGGCCAAGAUCCGCCUCCUCAGCAGCACCAACAUGGUCGACUAUGCCAUGGACAUCCACAAGUCCCUCCACGGCACCGACGACGUCCUCGAGGACAUGGUCAAGCGCUGCGCCGAGGUCGUCUCCAGGCUCAGGUCGCUCGAGGAGGCCGCCGCCCCACUCGUCGCCUUCCUCCAGAACCCGCAGCUCGAGCAGGAGCUCAGGCCCGACAAACAGUACAGCAUCCACAUGCUCCAGGAGCGGUACCAGGUGUGUGCUGGCUGCAAGGUCAUCUGUUUUCAUGGCCGAGCUCUUUGGCCACAUGAAGGAGAAGACAAUGAAAUGUAUACGGAUCCAAGACGUGGAAGCAAGUGUGUUCAAGGCUAUGCUCCACUUCAUCUACACUGA